UCUGGAAUCUUCUCAUAAGAGCAUCAUAUCCACUGCUUCCACAUCUGAGAAAGAAUGGAAAGAGUUUUGAUUUUAUUGCUGCUUCCACUUGUCUUGGCAGAGUCCAGUUAUAGUCAAACGGAAUUCAUCAUCAAUUUGGAGAAUGGAGAAUUAUGUCUUCAGAGUGCCCAGUGCAAAAACGGAUGCUGCCACAGGGAUAGAGGGAUGAGUCUGGCUCGUUGUACAAAUAAAGCAGCUGAGAACCAGGAGUGUUCCCGCAAGCAUCUCUACGGGGUUUACUACAGGUGUCCCUGUGAGAAUGGCUUAUCUUGCAAUGCUGACAGAACUAUUGUGGGGAGCAUCAUCAACACAGACUUUGGCAUUUGCCAGGACCCAGCUAAACAAUACAAAGUCAAUGAUGAAAGCCAUUAAAGAUACACAGAUGCUCUUUUGUGCCUCCCUAUAGUGAUGCAGCUAUCACCUCUUUCAGGACAAAAAUCACUCCUGUCUUUGUGCAUAUCUUACAAGGUCCCC